AUGGAAGCAGAUGCACGAUACUUUGUGUUGUUUCUAGUAUAUAUAAAUUUAUAUUCAACAAAAGGUGACAAAGCGCAGCUAGUCAUUGAUGCAAUCAACCUUGACUCGGCCACCAUUCUCUCGUUGCUUCCUGACUUUUCCGAUGAUUUUGUCAUUGAUCUAAAUAUAAAUCCCAACGACGAACAGGAGAUGAUAUAUGGAAUAAACAUUCUCGAUGGCGAAGGAAUCAUUGACAAGUCAUGGAUAAUAGAUCGACAUGAAUUAAUAUCAUGCACUUGCAAAUUUUAUCCAAAAGAUGCUGAAAUAGCUUUCAUGAUAGACGGUCCGCCGCAUUUGGAUGUAUUAUGGUUUUCAAAUCAUGACAGAGAUGACGACAUUGUCACAUCAAGAGUUUACGGAUUUGUCCCGCAGGAUGAAUUCAUGGCCAAUUCUGUGGUGCUACACACAUCUGAAAGCGAAACAACAUUUGGGGAAUGUGAUAUGAAGUAUUUUGUCGCACAAUUCCAUGGUUUCCCCCAUACAAUGGUCAACAUCAAUUUCUAUGCGUACAACCGCCUUAGCUCAAAUGUUAUUCUGCCUGACCGAUGGGAAAACGAAGCUUUUUAUGAUGGUUUUUUUGAUGGAAUAUACUUGGUUGAAAGUCUUGCUUCUGGCGCUCCAAAAAAUGUCAUGUUUGGCUAUUCUGCGGCUUCUGAAAUAAAUGGGAAUCUAUUUUCUGACACCGACAUUCAAAAUUACAUGAACGCACUAUUAGAAAAGAUGUGUCCCAUAAUUUCCCAAGAUUAG